AUGGAGUCUGCAAAUUUCUUAACAGUGAAAAGCCAUCUCUCAGAAUUCAAAAACUGCUCCGACAAAGACACUUUAAGCGAGGCAUCCGAAAGUGGAACGAGCAAUUCCGUGACGUCAGCAGAAGACUUACAGAAAUUAGCAGUAAUACUUGGACUGAAUAGCGCUGAGGAUGUAUACCAGGAAAGAUUUCGGGUCGACAGGCGUCGUUUGGAAGCUAUGUUGGCAGAACAUCUGGAAGAAUCGCAAACUGCGCAGGCCUUCUUCCAUAGGGUUAUGAACGAAACAAACACUUUAAUUAACUGGCCUGCUCGUCUGAAGAUCGGAGCGCGCUCGAAAAAAGAUCCUCACGUACGAAUCGCUGGUAGACCUGACGAUGUGAAACUUGCUAGAGAGAAGAUAAUGCAAUUGCUGGAUACAAGAAGCAACCGAGUCACUAUGAAGAUAGACGUCAGUUAUACAGACCACUCGCAUAUUAUUGGCAAGGGUGGUUUAACCAUAAAGCGUGUGAUGGAGGACACUGGUUGUCAUAUCCAUUUCCCGGAUUCAAACCGCACCAGCGCCCAGGAGAAAAGCAACCAGGUGUCCAUAGCUGGGGAUAUGGAGCGGGUUGAACGAGCGAGGGCCAGAGUCAGGGCCCUGACUCCGCUGGUGUUCUGUUUCGAGCUGCCGAUAGUGGCGCCCUCUCAGCCGCUGCCCGACAUCAACUCGCCCUACGUGCAACAGAUACAAGAACAAUACAACGUGCAGGUCAUGCUCCGUAAUCGUCCCAAACUGCACGCUAAUCUAUUGGUGGUGAAGGGCGUUCAAUGGGAGGUCCGCGCUACUAUGGAAGCCACCACGCUGCUCAUGACGUACAUGUGUGGACCACUAGCGAGUCAAACCCAAGUCCAGAUGUCGCUAGAAAUAUCCCCCAUGCACCAUUCAGUGGUUGUGGGUCGUGGCGCGGAGCAGUUGAAGAUCAUCAUGAAAGGCACCGGUACUCAAAUCAUGUUCCCCGACGCUGACGACCCUAACAUACCCGCGCUCAGGAAGAGCUGCGUCACUAUCACCGGGCAGAUCAAGGAUGUGUAUGCCGCGAGGCAGCAACUAGUUGGUAGUCUCCCAUUAGUGGUGAUCUUCGACGUGAGCGAGGAAGGCACCCGCUUGGAGGCUGACACGGCGCGUCUGAUGUGUAAACACAACGUGUACAUCAGUGUGAGACGGAAACCGAAACAGGGCAUCGCGUCCGUCGUCAUUAAGGGGAUAGAGAGAUGCGCUGGCGACAUCUACGAAGCUCGCCGUGAGCUGCUCGGCGGCAAAGAGCCGUCGAUCACAGCUGAGAUCCCCGAGUCCUACAACAUCCCAUCAUUAACCAACACGAUGCCCAACUUCGGUUCCUUCAAUCCGUUCUCGCCAACCCACGCCAAUGCCAUCACCAAUUCGCCAUGUUCCCCUUAUAACCUACAGUUGAACGAGUUGGCCAACUUUGGGCCAAUGUUUGGCCAUAACCCGCCAACUCCCGGCGGUUACCCCACGCCCUUGUCCCCAGUGGCGAUGACCCCGCCAGUGUUCCCAUCGGCAUGGAUGAUCCCCUCCCCACAACCUAGACCGGGACAGUUCCACUUCCCUAGUAUAGGAAACGCGCCUGUUAUGUACAAAAAUCAGACUACUUGGAAUCCGAUGUCAAGUACCAAUGAAAUGAUGCACCCGCCCCAUCAGCACACACAUCACCCACAACAUUUGUUGAACGCUAGUUCCGCAGCGAGCUCCGGCUACCAGAGCAACUUCACUGGCAGCUCUGUGUCACUUGACACGCAGAAUAUAUCCGGCGGUGACGGCAGUAACGUGGUGUCUCCUUCCGUGUCGCCCAUCAGUAAGACGCACAGCCCCACACCUUCCACUGACAACGAGCGAUCACAACAUGAGCUCGCAAACAUAAUAUCUGAGCUGCCGUUGUCUGAACGGCGCGCUGUCGGCUGUGAGAAGAAGACCUUGGAGAACUUGACGAAGAUGUCGCCACUGUCGUCACUGUCACCGCUCACACCGCUCAAUGACUACCGGAAGAUGAAGGCGGAAGCUAAUAAGGCGAUGCGUGAAUCCGUCGGGUCCGGCUAUAGAGUUCCUAACACUCGCUGGUCUGGAUAUUACUUCAGUCACACUUCUCCCGGACCUAUUAACUUGAAGGAGGAGAAUACUACGCCGGAGAAAUCAUGGAACAGAUCGGAUUUAGUUCGUCCGAACAUAGUAGAAACAGCUCCCUCGCCACCAACGAAACAAUGCCGCUACCAACAACUAUACGAUUUGCUAAGAGAUAUUGGAUUACACAAAUAUAUAGAUCUGUUCAAGAAGCACGAGCUUGACAUGUCGACGUUCGCGUCUCUGAACGAGGCUGACCUCACUGAGAUCGGGAUAACGGCUUUCGGGGCUCGACGAAAGAUGCUGCUGGUCAUAGCUGAGUUGCAAAAACAGUCGAGCUCCUAUAAAGCCGGUUCAUCUGACAGAAAGCUGUUAAGCUCACCACAGUACACUGCGCUGGCGCAUGACAAAUGGUAG